AUGACUGAUAGUGAGCAAUCCUUAGAACCUGAAACGAAUGAAAAGUAUACUAGCCAUAUAGAGCCUUCAACUGAGUUAAUUUGCUUUGAUGUUAGUAACGACACUUCAGAGCUACUCCAUGAAACUGUUAAAAUUAACAAUCAGUUUAACAAAAGCUUAGUUUGUUCUAAUGAGGAAACUUGCAAGACUGAAGGCUUGUCUUACAUAAAUGAAACAGAUGAGUCAAGUUGUAAAAAUAUUAAAAAUGUUCAGCAAGUGAAGUAUAGUCAAGUAGAAAUUACUUAUGACGAUAAGGCAAGCUUGAACAAUUACAGCAUAAACAAUUUUAUUAAUGACACUGUCUCACUUGCAAAGGACGUUGGGAUCACGAAGGCUAAUGAUGCUACAGAAAUUCUAAGUUAUAUAGCUGACGAUAAAAGCAAGAACGCUAGUAAAAAAAGAGAGGCCAUACAUGAACACAGUAACACUAAUCAAAAAAUUACUGAACACCAACUUUCCUGUCCUAAAAACUUGGCAAAAGAUGAAGUUCCUGAACUUAAUAUUAAAAAACAAGUUGACUUUGUUACCGAAAAAAGCACAAAAAAAAGAAUUUUAAAGUCUAGCAAGGAAGAUGGACAUGACAAAAAGUUGUUGAGCGAAGUUCUAGAUUUUGAAUUACGUGAAACCAUAAGACUCGAGAUUCCUCUUAAAGAAGCUUCUAACUUUUCCUUAAUUGAUCAUCUCGAGGAAAAUCUGGAAAGUGGGGAAACUGAAAUGCUUUGUGAAGUUUUUAAAAAUUUUCAAAAUAAAGACAAAAAUACGAAUUUAAAAGAUGACUACGACUACGAGGAUGAGUGGAUUGAUGAUAGUCUAGAAUUUGAAGAAAAGUAUACUAAAAGCGUGAGGCAUCGCGGUUUUUUUGUAAAAUUAUACGGAGAAACAGAAGAUGAUAAUUUAUUUUGUGCCGAGGGAAAUAUGAAUAGAGAACGGAGUAGCGAUGAUGAAGACUUUCAAAAAGUUAGUACAAAAAGAAAACAUUCAAGUAAAAUAAUUGCUAAUCAGGACCAUGAAAGCACAUUGCGCGAAUCUUUAAAGGCUAAAAAGCAACGAAUCAAAAGAAAAAUAAAAACGGAUGAAAUUGAUGCCAUUCCAUUGGUUGAUUUGCUACGAGUUGGGAAUUUGGACCUAAAUAGUGGGAUUUCUGCAUUCUCUGGGGGUCAAGCAACCAAUAAACAGAAAAAAAUACUAAAAAUUAUUAAAAAAUUUCCGUUAGAAAAUUCAGAAAAAGAAAAAAUAUCAGUUUCCAACCUUUUAAUUCGCCAAAAUGAAUAA